AUGAUGCUCCACUGUGAGGUGUGUGGUAUGUCGAGCAAACGCGAUUUUCUUUCCAUUGACAGCCUCAGCCCCAAGGAGACCUUGGACCUUCUCCGUCGGGCUUCCGAGCUGAAAUCGGACCCGACGCCGAAGCCUCUGGAUGGUAAAAGCGUCGCUCUUAUCUUCGAAAAGCCAUCGUUGCGUACGCGGGCCAGUUUUGAGGUGGGCAUCCAGCAGUUGGGAGCGACCUGCGUCUAUUUAGGCCAGCAAGAGGUUGGCUUGGGCAGCAGGGAACCCGCGUCGGACGUGGCGAGAGUACUAUCGGGCUAUGUAGACUGCAUUGUCGCCCGGGUGUUCUCCCAUGAAAGCCUUGAAGAACUGGCCGCUUACUCCAGCGUUCCGGUAGUCAAUGCACUGUCCGAUUGGGAGCAUCCCUGCCAGACAAUGGCCGACCUGUUGACCAUCCAGGAACACAAAGGCCCCUUGGCUGGGCUACGAUUGGCCUUCAUUGGUGAUGGCAACAACGUGUCACGGAGCCUUUGCAUAGGAUUGCCCCGAUUGGGUAUGAACUUCACGAUAGCGGGGCCACGGGGUUACCAUCUGGACGAAGAGUCCCUCGCCAAGGCCCGGCAACUGGCUGCCUCCGGCGAGGCAGUGCAGGUGGAACAGUUCACGGACCCUGCCGACGCGGUAAGCGGCGCCGACGUGGUGUACACCGAUGCCUGGACCAGCAUGGGCCAGGAAGCGGAGUCAGAGGUCCGGAGACGGGCGUUCCAAGGCUACACGGUCGAUCCCGCCCUGCUUGCGCAAGCCAACCCAGGCGCUCUUUUUAUGCACGAUAUGCCGGUGCACUACGGUGAGGAGAUACCUCAGGGCAUGUUGGAACAUGAACAAUCAAUCGCCUAUAGCCAAGCCCACAAUCGGCUGCCCGCUCAGAAGGCGGUUUUGGAAUUCAUACUGACCGGCGGCUGA